AGAAAGAGAAAACAAAAGUGCAUGUGUUUUUGAAGAUUUCAGUUUUCACACACAUAUUUGAGUGCAUUUCACUGUGUGUUUUGAAGCUUCAUCAGAAGAAGGUACGUGAAGAACUUUUGGCGAAGAUUAAACUAAAUGUGUUAACAAAUGUGUAGAAUUUGGAAAUCAUCAUGGAAUCAAGAGAAGUGAUAAUGCCAGCAGCAGUUGAGACAAAAGCACCCGAGGCUCCAUCAAGCCAUCAAUUGGUCCUGGCCACUAACAGCCCCACACAAACUGCAAACCCUACCCAGGUGAUGGGACCGCAAGGGUUUUCUACGGAGACUAGCGGCGGCUUCCCCUCUUCGUUGGCAAAGAAAAAGAGGGGUAGGCCCAGGAAGUAUGGCCCAGAUGGGACGGCUGUCACUGGCCGCACAUUGUCGCCAAUGCCGUUGUCCGCCUCUUCACCCACCUCCGGCGGCUAUUCAGACUCUAAGCUUGGUGAGUUUCGGGCUGAGAAGAAAAAAAGGAAAAUGAACUCUGCAGCAGAGAAAUCAAACAUGUUUCUAGGGGACCAAAUUACUUCUGGUGGAAGUUUUACCCCUCACAUGGUCACUGUUAAUCCUGGAGAGGACGUAACGUCUAAAAUCAUAUCGUUUUCAAAAUAUGGGCCCCGAGCAAUAUGCGUCCUAUCCGCACUUGGUAUUAUUUCACAUGUGACUUUGCGCCAGGGUAAUUCAUCUGGAGGCACUGUGACGUAUGAGGGAAGGUUUGAAAUUCUUUCGUUGUCUGGAUCUUUCACACCUGGUGAGGUUGGAGGAAUAUCAUCAAGAGAAGGCGGCAUGAGCAUAGCGUUAUCUAGCCCUGAUGGCCGUGUGGUUGGUGGUCUGCUUGCGGGACUUCUCACUGCAGCUGGCCCUGUUCAGGUUGUUGUGGCCAGUUUUCUCCCUGAUGCAGGAAAUUCAGUAGGGCCAAAACCAAGAAAACCAAAAAACACCGUUAAACUCUUGACGCCUGUGGCAGACCCUACUGCACAUAUGUCUACAAAUACGGAGGAACAGAACUUCAACGAACAAAGCCAAGAAAGUCCUACGAAUUCUACUCCUACCCCUACCGAUGCCCCUCACUUCCAGCAUGAGAACCGGAGCCCAAUGCCAGGUGUGCACGACUGGAGGAGGGCCGCCACAGAUAUGAAUGUGUCCUUGAGGGAAGAUUGAGUCUUUUUGGUUGUUAGUAGUAGUCUGUUGUAGGAUGCUUUUAUAAAUACUUGGGGAGAUAUAUGUCAACUUAAUUAGGUGACUUUGUAUGUCUUUGGUUUAGAGAUUAUCAAACUUUUCGUGAAAAUUUUAUUGCAUGUUUUUUUUUUUGGCCAAUUUAGUUAAAA